CCAUCCUCCUCCCCUCCCACAACACACGACUGCAUCCAUCCAUCAUGUCCAAAGGCGAGUGUCCCGUCAAGGUGCCCAAUGUCGCUGGUGCCGGCACGAGGAACACAGACUGGUGGCCAAACGAGCUCAGGGUAAACAUCCUGCGCCAGCAUGACCCCAGACAGAACCCCCUCGGCCCCGACUUCAACUACGCCGAGGAGUUCAAGAAGCUCGACUAUGAGGGCCUCAAGAAGGACCUCACUGCCCUGAUGACCGACUCGCAGGACUGGUGGCCUGCCGACUUUGGCCACUACGGCGGUCUUUUCAUCCGAUUGGCAUGGCACUGUGCUGGCACUUACCGUGUCACUGACGGCCGUGGCGGCGGCGGCGAGGGACAGAACCGAUUUGCUCCCCUCAAUGCCUGGCCCGACAAUGUCUCUCUCGACAAGGCCCGCCGCCUGCUCUGGCCCAUCAAGCAAAAGUACGGCAACAAGAUCUCGUGGGCCGACCUGCUGCUUCUCGUCGGCAACGUCGCCAUCGAGUCCAUGGGCUGCCCCACCUUUGGUUUCGCUGGUGGACGCGCCGACACCUUCCAGUCAGACGAGUCUGUCUACUGGGGAGGCGAGACCGAGUGGCUUGGUAGCGACGUCCGCUAUGCCGAUGGCGCAAAGGGCGUCAAGGGCCAGGGCGUCGUCGAUGGCGAGCAGCACAAGGUUGACUCGAAGAGCCCCCACACAUCGAGGAACCUUGAGCAGCCCUUGGCCGCCGCGCACAUGGGUCUCAUCUACGUGAACCCAGAGGGUCCCGAGGGUGUUCCCGACCCCGUCGCCGCCGCCCACGACAUCCGCACAACCUUUGGUCGCAUGGCUAUGAGCGACGAGGAAACCGCUGCACUCAUUGUCGGUGGUCACACGUUUGGAAAGACACACGGUGCUGCCCCCGCUGAGAACACCGGCCCAGACCCCAACGCCGAAGACCUGGCAACUCAGGGAUUCGGCUGGAUCAACAAGCACGGCCGCGGCAACGGCCCAGACACCAUUACCAGUGGUCUCGAGGUGACUUGGACCGGCACACCCACCAAGUGGAGCAACAAGUACCUCGAGUACCUGUACAAGUUUGAGUGGGAGCUGGAGAAGAGCCCUGCUGGUGCCAACCAAUGGGUUGCCAAGACCGACGAGCACAUCAUUCCCGACGCCUAUGACGCCAACAAGAAGCACAAGCCCAGGAUGCUUACCACCGACUUGUCGAUGCGUAUGGACCCUGCCUACGAGAAGAUUACCCGUCGUUGGCUAGAGCACCCCGAGGAGCUUCACGACGCCUUUGUCCGUGCUUGGUUCAAGCUUCUCCACCGUGACAUGGGCCCCCGCUCCAGGUGGCUCGGCCCCGAGAUCCCCAAGGAGAUUCUUCUCUGGGAGGACCCUGUCCCUCAACCCGAGGGUGAGAUUAUCGGCGAUGCCGAGAUCCAGACUCUGAAGAAGCAGAUUCUCGAUGCUGGCAUCGAGCCCGCCAAGCUCAUCCGCACUGCCUGGGCUUCCGCUGCCUCUUUCCGUGGUAGCGACAAGCGUGGUGGUGCCAACGGUGCUCGCAUUCGUCUUGCUCCUCAGAAGGACUGGGAGGUCAACAACCCCAAGGAGCUUGCCGAGGUUCUCAAGGCUCUCGAGGGCAUUCAGUCCAAGUUCAACAGCGGCAGCAAGAAGGUUUCUCUUGCUGACCUGAUUGUCCUUGCCGGUACCGCUGCCGUUGAGAAGGCUGCUGGUGUACCUGUUCCUUUUGCACCGGGUCGCACCGACGCUACCCAGGAGCAGACCGACGUGCAGUCUUUCGAGCACCUGGAGCCUGUCACAGAUGGUUUCCGUAACUACGGCAAGGGAACUGAGCGUGUCCGCACCGAGCAACUCGAUGUUGACAAGGCCCACCUCCUCCGCCUCACUGCACCCGAGAUGGUGGUGCUCACGGGUGGACUGCGUGCGCUCAAUGCCAACUGGGACGGCUCCUCGCACGGAAUCUUCACCAAGCGCCCUGGCCAACUCACCAACGACUUCUUCCUCAACCUCCUCGACAACAACACGGAAUGGAAGGCAACCGAUGCUAGCAAAGAGGUCUACGAGGGUGUCGACCGCAAGUCUGGCCAGAAGAAGUGGACCGCCACGCGUCACGACCUCGUCUUUGGUCACCACCCUGAGCUCCGUGCCAUUGCCGAGACUUAUGCUCUGCCCGAAAGCGAGAGCAAGUUUGUGAAGGACUUUGUUGCCGGCUGGGAGAAGAUCAUGAACAACGACCGUUACGAUCUCAAGAACAAGUCGGUGAGUACAUCAUUGAGCGGAACAAGCAAGCCCCGUUUGUGAAUAAAAAAAAGCAAAACAAACCCCAAAGGUAAUUGAUAAUACAACAUCAAAGCUGCCUUUCCGAGCUCUUUGCAUGUAGCGCCUGUGGAGCGCUUGUAUUUUUCACCGUGUACAUCUUCUCCACCUACUUCGUAUCCUUGCUACAUGGGGGUAUUGAAAAAAAAUUCAUGGGGGCAUACAGGGGGGUUGCUUUGUGUCCACUCACUGACGAUUACCCCAUAGACCUGAGUCUCCCGAUAACAGCCGUUGAAGAACAAUGGCCAAAAAAAGGGCAGAUUCCGCGAAUACCUAGAUAGCGAUUGCUUGUAGGAUUAGGGCCAGACUUUGUUUUUAUGAAAACAGAUAACGUCAAAGUAUAGCGAGUGGCCGAGAAUAGCGAGUGACCGAAAAUGCCAAGCCCCCAUCAAC